CCUCCGUGCCGAGAAGAGCGGAUCGCCGUUGGGCAGGUGGGAAAGGAAUAACGGAGCGGCGAGCGACCCCGCGGCGUGUGGCGCUGGUGGCGGCGCUUCGGAGUGGAAUCUCUGCCGCCUGCGAGAGAGGGGUGGACGGCUCUCGCCCGCCCCCCUUCCCCGAGGAAGGGCCGUCGCCAUGGGCAAUGCGGGGAGCAUGGACGCUCAGCAGACGGACUUCAGGGCGCACAACAUGCCCCUCAAGCUGCCGAUGCCCGAGCCGGGAGAACUGGAGGAGAGAUUCGCCGUGGUUUUGAACGCAAUGAACUUGCCUCCUGACAAAGCAAGGCUACUCCGGCAGUACGACAAUGAGAAGAAAUGGGAGCUGAUCUGUGAUCAGGAAAGAUUUCAAGUCAAGAAUCCUCCACAUACAUAUAUACAGAAAUUAAAAGGCUAUCUCGAUCCAGCUGUAACGAGGAAGAAAUUUAGGAGGAGAGUUCAAGAAUCUACACAAGUAUUACGAGAACUAGAAAUUUCUCUAAGAACCAAUCACAUUGGAUGGGUCAGGGAAUUUUUGAAUGAAGAAAACAAAGGCCUGGAUGUUCUGGUGGAGUACUUGUCUUUUGCACAAUAUGCAGUCACAUUUGACUUUGAGAGUUUGGAAAACAAUAUGGAAAACUCAAUGGACAAAUCCAAACCUUGGAGCCGAUCCAUUGAAGAUCUCCAUCGUGGAAGUAACUUACCCUCUCCUGUUGGCAAUAGCAUUUCCCGAUCUAGCAGGCAUUCUACUCUAAGAAUGGUUUGUCUGCCUGAACAACUUCAGUUCAAACGCCGCCAGAGCUGCUUUUCACCCAACUGCCUCUGGAGCGGCUUCACUUUACACUCAGCUGCUGAGGCUUCAAGCCGGAAAAUCUCAUAUAACACCUUACCAAGCAGAAGAACACUUAAAAAUUCAAGAUUAGUGAGUAAAAAGGAUGACGUUCAUGUCUGCAUUAUGUGUUUGCGUGCCAUCAUGAAUUACCAGUAUGGCUUCAAUAUGGUCAUGUCGCACCCCCAUGCUGUUAAUGAAAUUGCAUUAAGUCUGAACAACAAGAAUCCCAGAACAAAGGCGCUGGUCUUAGAACUGUUGGCAGCCGUUUGUCUUGUAAGAGGAGGACACGAAAUCAUUUUGUCUGCCUUUGAUAAUUUUAAAGAGGUUUGUGGUGAAAAGCAGCGGUUUGAAAAGCUGAUGGAACAUUUUCGAAAUGAAGAUAACAAUAUAGAUUUCAUGGUGGCGUGCAUGCAGUUCAUCAACAUAGUGGUCCACUCAGUAGAAGACAUGAAUUUCAGAGUUCACCUCCAGUAUGAGUUUACGAAGCUAGGUCUGGAUGAAUAUCUCGAUAAGCUGAAGCACACAGAGAGUGAUAAGCUGCAGGUGCAGAUUCAAGCAUAUCUCGACAAUGUGUUUGAUGUGGGAGCUCUACUGGAAGAUGCCGAGACGAAGAACGCCGCCUUGGAAAGAGUGGAAGAACUGGAAGAAAAUAUAUCUCAUUUAUCAGAAAAACUUCAAGAUACAGAAAACGAAGCUAUGGCAAAGAUUGUGGAACUGGAAAAGCAGCUCAUGCAGAGAAACAAAGAACUGGAUGUCGUCCGCGAAAUUUACAAAGAUGCAAAUACACAGGUUCACACGCUGCGAAAAAUGGUGAAAGAAAAAGAGGAAGCCAUUCAGCGACAGUCAACACUGGAGAAAAAGAUCCACGAACUGGAGAAGCAAGGGUCCAUCAAAAUUCAGAAGAAAGGAGAUGGUGAUAUCAACAUUCUUCCUGUUGGGGUGGCUUCUGGGACAUUGCCCUCUGGGUCUGAAGCUGCAGCUGGAACUUGUGGCGGAUCCAUUUCUAGCACUACACCUUUGGUUCCACUGCCACCUCCACCACCACCCUUGCCACUGUCAGAAUCAGAAUCAGAAGCAGUGCAAAAUGGUCCUGUGACAGCUCCAAUGCCUCCUCCGCCACCUCCGCCUCCGCCACCUCCACCCCCGCCUCCACCGCCGCCUCUCCCUGGUCCAGCUGCAGAACCAGUCCCAGCUCCCCCAGUCCCACCCCCACCCCCACCCUCAGCACCUCCUCUUCCAGGAACGGCCUCCCCUACAGUCGUUUUCAACUCAGGAUUAGCAGCUGUGAAAAUCAAGAAGCCAAUUAAGACGAAGUUCCGCAUGCCCGUAUUUAACUGGGUAGCUCUGAAACCCAACCAGAUAAAUGGGACAGUCUUCAAUGAAAUUGAUGAUGAAAGAAUCUUGGAGGAUUUAAAUGUGGAUGAAUUCGAAGAAAUAUUCAAGACAAAAGCUCAAGGCCCAGCCAUUGAUCUUUCUUCGAGCAAGCAAAUAACGCAAAAAGGAUCAAACAAAGUCACACUAUUGGAAUCCAACAGGGCUAAAAACCUUGCUAUCACCUUAAGGAAAGCUGGAAAGACUGCUGAUGAGAUCUGCAAAGCUAUUCAGGCAUUUGAUUUGAAGACGCUGCCGGUAGAUUUUGUCGAAUGCCUGAUGAGGUUCUUGCCCACGGAAAACGAAGUGAAAAUGUUGCGGCUUUACGAGCGGGAGAGGAAACCUCUUGAGAACCUGUCGGAUGAGGACCGGUUCAUGAUGCAGUUCAGCAAGAUCGAGAGGCUGAUGCAGAAGAUGACCAUCAUGGCCUUCAUUGGCAACUUUGCGGAAAGCAUCCAGAUGCUGACUCCACAACUUCAUGCAAUAAUUGCAGCUUCCGUCUCGAUAAAGUCAUCUCAGAAGCUCAAGAAAAUCUUAGAGAUAAUCUUGGCUCUGGGUAACUAUAUGAACAGCAGUAAACGAGGAGCUGUUUAUGGAUUUAAACUACAAAGCUUAGAUCUGUUAUUAGACACAAAAUCAACAGACAGGAAGCAAACCCUAUUGCACUAUAUAUCGAAUGUUGUGAAGGAGAAGUAUCAGCAAGUGUCACUUUUCUACAAUGAACUUCACUAUGUGGAGAAAGCUGCUGCAGUAUCCCUUGAAAAUGUUCUAUUAGAUGUAAAGGAACUCCAAAGAGGUCUGGACCUAACAAAGCGAGAGUAUACCAUGCAUGAUCACAACACCAUGCUGAAGGAAUUCAUUCAGAACAAUGAAGGGAAACUAAAGAAGUUACAGGACGAUGCAAAAAUAUCCCAGGAUGCCUUUGACGAUGCUGUGAAAUAUUUUGGAGAGAAUCCCAAGACAACACCUCCGUCAGUUUUCUUCCCAGUCUUUGUCCGGUUUGUGAAAGCUUACAAGCAAGCAGAAGAGGAGAAUGAAUUAAGGAAAAAGCAAGAGCAGGCAUUAAUGGAAAAACUUCUGGAGCAGGAAGCACUGAUGGAACAACAAGACCAAAAGUCUCCAUCUCAUAAAACAAAGAGACAGCAGCAAGAACUGAUUGCAGAGCUAAGACGGCGACAAGUCAAGGACAAUAGGCAUGUGUACGAGGGGAAAGAUGGUGCUAUUGAAGAUAUCAUCACAGAUCUUAGAAACCAGCCCUACAGACGAGCCGAUGCGGUGAGGAGAAGCGUGAGGCGCCGUUUUGAUGAUCAGAAUUUGCGCGCUCUCAACGGUGCUGAAAUAGCCAUGUGAGCUGGAUUGGGGACACCUGCAUGUGUAAAGUAGAAAGUGUGCUUGACCACUUCCUUGCCAUGUGAACUACAUUUGCGCUACCAUUUUAAUUACGGCCUUGAUUGCAGUACAUUAACUCAUCUUCUGAAGGGCUCAUGCAUAGGAAUGCAAAAAAAAAAAAAAAAAAGUAAAAAAAGAGAAAAGAGAGGGGCUCUCCACGCAACUGUAGCUACCAAGUGCCUAAAUUUCAAGUACCUGCUCAAAUUAAUCAAAGCAAUAGGACUUUAUUUGAUUGGGUAUCUUUUUACACCAAUAAAUUUGUUCAAUGUUUUUAACCAAAAUGUAAAAUACAUAUUGUAUUUUUUGUUGUUACAUGCAAUUUAGUAAAUAGCCUGCAGUGGGCAUCCUUGUUUUCAUGACCGGUUGUAAAUAGGCAAUAUGUAGCUGUGAGCGGCUGUGGAUUUUUUUUUUCAUGAUUUCAGUACAUUCCUGGAGUUUUAGGAGAUCGCUUUGAGCUUCAGCUGCACUUAUUAGUGUUAUAUAUGCAUAUGUGGAUGUAUGCAUACAUAAAGACUCCCUACCAUAUGUAAAGAUGGGGGCAGGGGCAGAGGACCCAUUAAAUUGUACCCUUUAAGAAAAUGUCAUUCGUCUUAAGGCUGGGGAAAACAUUUCUAAAACAAAAGUUGAGGUAGAUGUGAGUACAGUUUACAAGGGUGAAAGCUAUUUGGGAUAAUAAAGGCUUGGAUAGUGGGAUUUCUGCUGUAAAUAGGAUGUGGUAAUGUGAGGCUUAUAUUAAAUGCACACUUGCCUGUUUUCAGACUCUACCCAGUAUGUACCAGUGGGUAGUGGAGCUGAAGCGAGAAGGUAUAGCUGGAGUUUGAACACAUUGCAAACACAGAGGAAUGAUGUAUGAAACUCCAUUACUGUGUUCUUCGGGUAGAGGCAGCUUUUGGGUAACGAUGUUAUUUAUUAAUUAGCACUAAGAUAUUAACUUCUCAAUGAACAGUAUUAGAAUUCCGGAGGACCACAACUGUUCAGUUGUCAGAACAGUGAAAGCCUGGUGCCCUGCUAAGAAAGUUACGAUCCCCUCGAAUGGAAACUCAGUAACCAGCUAUUUGCCCUUUGCAACAAUUCAGGUUGGAUCAUAAUUCAGGAGCUGUCUUUGCUGAAAGGCAGCUGACAGUGGAAUUCACUGCACACAUUCUCAGGCCUGAAAUAGAACUUAUUUGCCCCAGUCCAGAGGAGAUCCACUGAUGGAAGCAGGAACCAAGAGUGCAAGUCAGAAAUGUUAAAUGUAACUGUGUUACUUUCAGUCAACAUAGGGGUGUGAAAGGGGGAUGCACAAACCACUGAAUGUAAUGCAGUGCAAAAAAAGAAAAAGAAAAGACAACUUGCCCCUUUGGAAAACACAAUUGAUUUAUGCUGGUGGAUAUACUCCUCUAGAGAAGGGUGCUGUAUUUUAAGCUUUGAACCAGUUAAAACAUCUUAAAGUGAGGUUGUAAUCAGCAGCAUUGGCUGUUGCAGAUCCAUAUAUUGCUACAAGGCAGGGCACCUGUUCUUUUCCCCACAAAGUCAAAAACUGGACGUUAAGGGAUAUUUUGCUUACAGCUCACCUUUUCUGGUAGCACUACAUCACAAUGUUAAUUGUAAAAUUUAUUGUAUAGUAUUUAACCACUUAAUUCUUUUUUAUGUUGUGCUUAUGUGAACCACUGGUAAAGGUCCCAUAUUCUUUUGAUAAUGUGUAGUUAUAUAAUGGUUUUAAAUGUACAGAUAUUUUGCUACAAAAUUGGUGCUUUUUUAUGGUUUUUACACUUCUCUUUAAUUCCCACUCUAGCCUUGGGGUAAUAUUGUAAAUAUUGUUUAAAAAUGCAUCAGCCUGUGCUAUACAAUCUGAACGUUAUUUUAACUUAUAGUUUUGUUUUGUUUUUAUAUUUAACUAAAUGGACAGUUUGGGGCUCAAAAGUUAUUACACUGACAUUUUGCUUACCUAUUUACAGAAAGUUUAUUUUAAACAACUGCAAAUCACACUCUCAAUUUACAGCAAUGUGUACUUGACAUGCUAAAGAGAACAUGCCGCCAUUACACCUUUUUCCUUCAUGAAAAUAUGAAUAUUUUGAUUUGGGUAUAAUUUGGUAAUGUAACUUAAGAACAGUUAAAACAGCUGCAAGAGAAUUCAAAAUAGACCAAAAUGUUUAAAUACAAACAAAUGGGAUGCAAUAGUGACAUGUUCUCUUAGAUAUUUUUUAUCUAGUAAUAGAUCUGCUUCUUAGCAAUAUUAUAGGUGUUUUAUAAAAGCAGUUCAUGUUACUUUUCUGAUCUGUUCAUGACAUAUGAUUGAAUAAACUAU